AUGGAUCCUUCAUCACACAAAGUUUCGGUUGCGUCCGCCGGCUCCGGUAUGCAGUUGCGAGAGCACGGCGAUACAGCGUUUGAUCCGACAACGCAUCGUCUUGUCACUGCACCGACGACACGGUCUGCACGAGCAAAUCCAGCUGUAUUCACUUCAACCCUACACGACCAAGACCUGGUAGACGUCAUGGCUGAGCUUGAACGUCAUCAAUCUGAUCACCGAGCGGCCUUCGCCUUCGACAUGGCCCAAGGCGGCCGUAUCCAUCCGUUGAACGAGGACGAGCUAAGACACUUCCGCAAAGAAAGGGAUGGUGUCUUUGGUCCAUCUCAGUGGGACACGCCGAACCUUAACGGAGAGUUGCCGUUCACGUUCACGUCGCUACCCAGCCCUGCGACAGUCGAAAAAGCGAUCAAAAGCGACAUUGGAGGUGAGAAUCACUUCCGUUUUGCACCUUCGCGUGGCUCGCCAGAAGACGAUGCAAAUGCUGUUAUGAACUUGCUCGACAACAUCGGUAAUCCGAGGUACUCUGAGCCUGGCGCGGUUGUCCAUAUGCAGUCGCCUACCUUCAACCAGAAGAAGCGCUGGAUAACAGGAUGGGAAGGGGACGGUGUACUGGGUCAGUCAGAGUUCCAGAUGACUGUUGCUCCAGCAGGCGAGGUAUUCGAGUUGGAGUACUACGAACACCACUUUUCCACGACGCUGUUGACCGGCUCGAAAGUAUGGUUCACCUUUCCUCCGCUGCAAGCCAAUCUAGACCUGCUCCGUAAAGCGUACGAAUGUAUGCAUGACAGCGACAGCUCACACGUCCCUCUGGGUGUUCUUUCGGAAAUGCAACACGGCAUUGCAAUCAUUCAAAAGCCAGGACAGACCCUCCUGCUCCCACCAUACUGGUCCCACAUGAUAUUCUGUACCGAGACAUCAACAUCGUGUAGUUUCUCUUUAGCAAUCGCGGCGCAAUUCAUGUACCGCAUCAAGCACAUGGAUCUGUGGGUCAGCCACAAUCUCUUCUGGGACACAGGAGAACAGCUACAAUCCCACCUCGUGCGCUAUGCCUCAGAACUCGCAACUCAUUUCGCGACCAUUAUGACGGGCGAUCUCAAGCGCUUCAAAGUGGCCCCUGUGCAGAACCAGAUAUGCAGCGAAUGGGUCAAGACUGGGCCGAAAGAGGCCGCAGAGUUUGAGAACAUGAAAGAGAAGAUUGGCGUACUUUUGUCAUUGAUCGAAGACGAGGACGCGAGAGAAAGAAUAGAUGAUGAGAUCCGACACGCGUGGAUUGAGUUCAUGGAGGAGAAGCGCAAGAAGAGGCCAGAAUGCCGGCUAUGUCGCGUACGUAUCGAGCACAUGCCAGCGGGAGAGACACCAGAUGAACGGCUGGCACGACAUGUCACCGACGUGCACUGCUCGUACGAGGAGUAA